AUGGCGAUUUUUGUGUAUAAUUUAUUAAGGUUUGCGGAGGCUUAUGCGGAUGCAAAUCCCACUAAUAAACCAUUCGUGAUCAUUUGUGAUGAUAUUUUUUUACGUGAUAGGUCGGCAAACGUACAAACGGAUUACCUGAUGAUGGCGUUAGAUGUACGUUUAUCCCGGGACGUCGACGAGCCUUGGGGUUUCCAGAUCUUCGGCGGAGCUGAUGAGGAGAUGCCUUUGACGAUACAGCAGGGACAGGGGGCUCUCCCUGGGUGGACCGCUUAUUUCCCCCAUACUCGUGGGACUUCAAUGGAGAUACCUAAAAACAAAAAUAAAAAUCCACCUAACGGUGAGGAGAACGCAAGCGAGGUCAGCUCGCUUGCGAAUAUAACCGAGGCGCUAGAUGCAUCGUGUGCACGUGCCUCUAGCAGGAAGGAGUCGGACUCAGAGUCCGACUCAUCAUUGUCUGGCGUCAGCAUCGCGCUGCGCCACAAGAAAGACCGGGGCGUUUUUAAACGUCCCAGGUUGGAGCCGUCUUCCAACGAGCAGGAGGCUCCAGCCCCCAAAAUCCCCACGGCUGCGCGGGGUAGGGGCAAGGGGAAGGGCUCCACAAGGGCGGCCGGGAGCCGAUCUGAGCCGGCAGAGCGGCUGGCAGCGGAGGGGAGCGCCCUGGGAAAGGCUGCCCGCUCGGACUCCUCGGAGAUGGAGGCCUCCGGUGGUGAGGGUUCUGUAGGCGGCGCUGAGAGCCUCCGCCUACAAAUAGAGCCUGACUCCCCGGCGAAGCGAGCUGGUCUGCUGAAUGGUGACACCAUCCUGACGCUGAAUGGAGAAGAAGCUAUAGACAUGUCGCUGCUGACUGCCAGCCGAAAGGUCGAGGAGUCAGGCCACAGUCUUACCGUUGGUGUGCUGCGCGGCCUUUACGAUCCGGUUCUAGACGACUCGGAGCCGUUGUACUACGAACCGGAAGAUUUAGGCCUUCAAUCGGAACCGACUGAGGUAGUCUUCCAAAUACAACAGUUCGUUGACCCCUCUGACAUAGGCAGCCAUGAUCUUGAUCCAGGAUCUAAUCUUGAAUCUAGAUCCCUAACUUCUUCCCCUUUCGUUACCCCUACAAAACCCUAUAGACCAUUUUCAACUGAGCCGGUCCCAGAAGUCCCUCCUUUAGAGGAACCCAUUAUCCUUAAUCCUGACUAUAGAGACGUUUUUGGGCGCACUCCUAAUGACAAUGACCCUGAAUAUUUGCUUAAUUCUUUUGGUAAUCUCUUGGGAGAGAGUAGGUACAAAUUGCCAAUAUCUGAACAAUAUGAUCCAGACGGUACGAGGUUCAAACAGAAUGUUGAAGUCGUUGAUAAAUUACUGAAGUACGAAAAACACGUUAAAAGUUUAAGUAAAGAUUUGGAAGUUAUCGAUGUUACUAAAGAAACGAGAGUAUCUGAAGCUGUCACUAAAGAUAUAAAGGAAACAAAAUAUGUUAUCGUUAAAGAAAGCGCUUUUGAAGAUGUUAAAAAGAAAACUGUUAAGAUCGAAGAAGGAUUAUCUCAGGAUCGGGUUAAAAUUGAUUCUAAGGUCGUGGAAAAGAAAGAGAUGAGUAGAGAAGAGAUUGAAGAGGAAUCCUUAAGAGAAGAAUUGCAGUAUAUUGAGAAGAUGAAACAAGAAAUAGAUGUUGAAAAAAUUGAAGAAACUGCUAUGCUUGUUGUGGAUGACAGCAUUGAAAGAGCAGUAUCAGUGGCUGAAGAAAUUAAAAAAGAAAUGGACGAAGAACUUAUGUCUAUAGACAAAUCUGAAAAAGUAAGUUCUAAAACGGAGAAAAAAGAGAUUUCUAAAUACGAAAUGUCUGAACAAUCGUCUGAAGUAAUUGACAAGACUGAAACAUCUGAAUUUGCUGAAAGAAAGAUGACUCAAGAAGAAAGAGUUGUAAACGAAGAAGAAAAUAGUAGAAAGAUGUCUAGAAAAGAUGUUAAAGCAACUGAAUCUUCUGAAACCAUAUCUACAGAGGACACCAAGAUGGAUGUUCAUAGGAAAUCUGUUAUAUCAGAAGAAUACCAGCAAGAGUAUAAAGAAGAGCCGAGAAGAAAAGAGGCAUCUAUCCAAGAGACUUCUGAAAGUAAGGCCAAAUUUAAGAAGGUUGCUAAAUCAGUUGCUUCUGGUGUGAAAUCGGAGAAAACUUAUGCGGAACAGAGAGCUUAUACUAUUGGUUUGCAAACUAUACCUAAUAUAAGAGGCAAUGUGCAUUCUUCUUAUCAUUACAAUCUUCUUCUGCAAACAUUCUUUAUCCAUCUAACCGAUGUGAUGGUAGCCCUGUCCAGAUUCCUCCUAUCACAGCCUGUAUUCAACCAGUUAGAUCAAACGGUCACUGAAAAAAGCAGUUAUGAAAGCGCUGAUGUUAUCCAGAAGACUUCUCAAGUGCAAAAAGUAGAAAAAACAGAAGAAGGAAAAUUAGUAGAGAGAAGACAAGAAAGAAGGCAACUCGUUACUCCAGUUCCUGUUACGGAGAAAAAGGAAGUUAAAUCUGUGACGCAGAAGAUCGAAAAAGAUAUGAAAGUAGAAUCACAAGAGAAGAAAGUUGAAAAAAUGGAGAUUAUCAAACCCGUUCCUGUGAAAGAAGUUAAACAAGAAGUUAAAGUGGAAAAGGUAGAACAACAACAAGAACAGAAGAUUGAAAAGGCAGUGACUGGAGCAGAAAUGGCGCAGCGUUCUGAAAAGAAACUCACUCAGGAGAUGACUCAUAAGAUGGACGCUGUAAUCUCUGAAUUCCAAACCAUCGCUGUAGAAGAAGAUAAAAAAGAAAUGUUCCAAAAAAGCCGAAGAUCCAGGAGUAGGAGUCAGAUUGAAGAGGAGGUUAUGAAGGAAAGCGAUCCUUUAGAAUGGCUGUCUAAGGUAGACAGCAGAAGCACAUCUCAAGAAAGAACAGAGAUAUCUAAAAAGGAAUUUACAUCUACAGAAUCAAAGAAGAGCGUAAUUGAGACGAAAGAAGAAAGAACUUCAAGAAGGUCUAAAUCACCUAGACAGACAUACGUAGCCAUAGUAGAAUCACACGUCUAUACUAAUAAGGAUGCUAUAUUUGAAGAACAUGUAACAGAUUUCUCUGAAACUUCUUCUGUACAAAGUGCUGAAGAAAUCAAUACUGCUAUUGAAGCUAUUGAGACUAUAAGCACUGAGAAUGUAGCGAUAGAAAGCGCUUUACUAGAACUAGAAACAGCUAAAGUCGUUGAAGAAACUCACGAACUAGCAAUGGCUACUGCUAAAAGCGCUGCAACGGUACAAAAGAUUGGGGAAGUAGUGCAUGAUACCAAGGAAUUUGUUCAUGAAGAGUUCGAACAUAAAUCUGCUGUUCAGUCAACUGAUGUACAAGAAGUGGUAGUCCAAGAAAUAAAGCAGAUCAUUGAACCAAUCGUAGAAAUCAAAAAGAGUGAAGAAAAAAUUGAAAAAGUUUCUGUAGAUAUAAGCGAAUCGCUAUCAAUCGCUGAAUCAACUGAGAUUAACGUGAUGGAAACUAAAUCAGAGUUUGUUGCCGCUGAAGUCAAGGAAGAAGAUGUUAAAAUAGGAGAAGUGAAAUUUGAAGAGAAAGUUAUAGAAAUCGAGCCUGAAGUACAAGAACCGAAGCCAGUGGAAACAGUUGAAAUAUCAGAAACAAUCAAACUGAAACCUAAGAAAGAAAAAACUGAACACGAUGAAUUUGCUGCCCUGAAAAUCAUUAAAACAGUUCCAGUUGAUAGCGUACUAUCGCCUGAAAUAAUUGAAGUACAAGAUAUAUCGGAGUUGAUCGCUAAGUCAACUGUAAGCACCAUUGGCGUAGGUAAUAACAUAACUAUAGAUUCUUCUAAAGAAAUUUCCGAAACAUCUUCAAUUAGCACUCAUAUCAGCAAAGCUGACGCUAAAAAAGAAUCCACAACAGAAAUGAAAGCUGAAACGAUAAGCAAAACUGCUGUCGAAGAAAAAACAACAUCAGCACAAGAAAUUUCCCAAGAAGCUACAUUCACGGCGAAAUCAGUCGAUAAAAAGCUUUCUUUACAAACUGAUUUGGUAAGACAAGCAUCGUCUUCUUCAGUGCAAAGCCCGCCAAGUACCAUUGAUACUCCAACUCCUACGACCGUCCCACCUACUCCUCUGACAGACGAAUACGUUUUCAAACUAUCUCUACCCCUCCCAAAAAGUAGAAGUUGUACUCCUAUCCCUAGAGACUGUACCCUUAGUCCAGAAGACGAAGACCCGCAUAUCGUUAAAAAGAAUUUGAUACCCCAUAUAGAGACGACUAUUGAAAGAGUGGUUUACGAUCCACCUUUAAGUACCCCUACAGAUGACCCAAAGUCUCCCGUCUUUACAAAACCGGUUUUAAAUGGUGGUGGUAAAAUAUAUCCGGUUUAUUGUAAACCCGGACUAAAAGGGGGUGCUGGGAGGGUUAGGUUUCCAGUGUAUAGGAAACCAGGAUUGUACGGUGGCGGUGAUAAUCCAGAUUAUUCAAAGGAAGAAAUAAGAGAGAUCGAGCGCAAAUCCUCUCUACUAGCAUCAGCUAUAGACGAGACAAUAAAAAGCAUAGAAGAAUACAAAGAAGAAGUUGGAAUAGAGUCGAAAAAAGAAGUCAAAAAGGAGGUCAAAAUACAAGAGUUUAAAGAAGAGAAGGUUUCAAAGAGUUACCAAGAAUCUUAUACGUCAGAAGAAAUAAUUAAAAACGGGUUCGAUGAAAUAGAUACUAAAAUCGAACAAAUGUUAGAAGAAUGUAACACUAUGUCUAUAGAAAGUACGAACAAGACAGAUUCUCAACCUGAAAACGUAGGCAUCGUUACUGAAAUAGACGAUAUUAAAACAACAAGAACUAGCAUUGAAAUCGAACCUCAGAGUCCGAAGGAAAACAACGCGAAAGCACAAGAAGAAACUACGAAAGUUGAUAUAGUCGAAAUUGAAACAAAAGUCCAAGAAAAUAACGUAGAAUACGACAAAAAAGACGCUGAAGUUGCAGAAUCAUCUUUUAUAAUCGUAAAAGAUAAAGAUAGUACAACUUUAAACGCUGUAAAAGAAGAUACUACUCUUCAAGAGGAGAAAAUAGAAAUAAAAGAAGAAUUCAAACCAGAAUUUAAUGCAGUAGAAUUCAAAGCCGAGCCCACUGCCGUGGUAGAAGAAAGAAUAGAUCCUUUAACGAGAGUCAGACCUGUAGUCUUCGAUCCAGAAAAUAUUCAGCGACGAGGACAAGAGUUUAUUUCUAUACAGCAACCUAUGUGUACUUCAGAACCAAGACAGUCUCCUUACAUAAAUGACAGUGGAAAACUCAUUGGAACUAUCCAGGGCAUUGUGGAUGGCUUAGAAGAACCAGUGAUGGAUGAACAACUAGCCAAAGAACUUGGUAAGCCAGGAAUUUCUGAGGAGAAGAUAGCUACACUCAUAUCAGGGGAAGCGGAGAUGUUAAGAGAAGCUCAUGUUAUGGGGCUGUCCAGAGUUCUCUCGUCUCAUAUGCACCGCGCGGACGACGAUAGCGUCGAUUUUCAGAAAAUCAAGCCAAUGAUCAAUUCGUUGAAAGACUCAGAAGUACUGAAGGCUUUAAAUGAAGAGUUGGAGAGACAGAGACAGGAGGAGAAGAAGAAAGAGGAAAAGAAAUGGACGACGUUUCUCCAGAAGCCGAAGAGACCGGUACCGAAAGCGAAGUUUGGAUACCCUGGAUGGACGGAGGAUACGCAAAUAAUUGCGGAACCGUAUAAAGUGAAAAUAGUGAAACAAGCUAAGCCUAAAGUAGCUCCAGAUUAUAAACCAGAGGACUUCGAAACUGGCCCCCUACCUUGGGAGGAGCGAGCAGCGACAGAACCCUCCCUCCCACCAGUAGAGCCGGAGGAACCGAUCCUCAUUCCGGAGGUUCCAGAGUUCUUGGAGGCCGUCGAUCCUUUGAAGGAGAGCGAGGUUCCAGAUCUUGAGGAGACAGGCAUACCUCUCCCACCUCCAAAAGAACCAACGCCCCCACCAGCCGUAGAAGAGAAGCAACCAGAACCGAUACCAGAAGUGCGAGAAGAAGAAGCAGAAGUAAUCCCAGAAGCGAAAGAAGAAAGAGAAGAGACGAAAGAAGAUAUGGAGAAUAGAAUGGCUCAGCAGUUGGUGAAAAGUGUUCAAGGGAUGGUCGAUCCAAACGCGAGUCUGGAUCAACAGCUAGCACAGAUGCGAGCCCAGUUGGCAGCUCUGGCCCAGCUUCCAGGAGUGAUUCAACAAUCUCUAGAAAUGGUGUCCCAACAGCUCAACAAGAUCUCCCAUCAGGAAAUGCGCAUGGAGGUGUCUCAUUCUGAACAACAAAGCUACGAGCAAAUUGAAGCUACUCAAAAUCACGAAAUGCAAACUAUCCAAGAAGUUAAUGAGAAUAACAUAGAAGCAGUUCAGAACGCAGAAGCGCAAAAGAACGAAGAAGAGAAGAAUGAAGCAGAAGUAGUAGAGAAGAUGACAAUAGAAGAAAUACCAAAUGAGGAGAACGAGCAAAAAGUUCAAGAACAGCCUAAGACACCUGUCAUGAGUGAAGAAGAGAUUAGAAAUGAGAAACAGAGAAAGGUCGGUAACGCACUCGUAACUCCUCCGUCGAUGCCCGAGCGUACGGCGCGUAGCGUUCUGCGCGCGCCUCAAAGAGGCAAUAGACCACCACAGACGGGGCUUUAUAGGGCUGAUGUUCAGUCGGGGUUGCGGGAUAAGCGCAAUGAGGCCGCGACCUGGGCCCAGAGCAGGAGAAGGAACAGGGGGGUUUUUAGUCAGCUGAGGCCGCGGUGCCUUGUUGUGCUUACCCUGCAACACCGGCUGAACAUCAGUACGGCGCGUAGCGUUCCGCGCGCGCCUCAAAGAGCCAAUAGACCACCACAGACGGGGCCCAAUAGGGCUGAUGUUCAGCCGGGGUUGCGGGCACCAAUCACGUGCAAGAUUCUACAUCGCGGUAUAAGAGUUCUCUACACAACUAGAACCGAUACAAAAUCCCGACAACAGCCGUCGGGCAGUAGCCCACCAGACACAACACCCGUCGGGUUGGAGGAACCUCCUUUUUCAAUGGAGGAUGAGGAAUUUUACACGCUGUUCUCUUAUACCUCUAAGACCUCAAAUAAAAAGAAUUAA